AUGUCAGCCGUGCUACGCUUGGGAACCGCCGGGGCAAGGGCACACGAGGUCGUAUUUUUCUCACAAAACUGUUCAAACCUGGAGUGUCCGGACUUUGAACGUGGCAAGCUUGCCUGCUACGGACUGAACGGCAACUCGCUGAUGGAGCAAUCUACCUUUGGGGAGGUAAAUCAACUGGGCGGCGUUUUCGUUAACGGCCGACCUCUUCCGAAUGCGAUACGCCUGCGCAUUAUCGAGCUGGCACAGAUGGGCGUCCGUCCAUGCGACAUCUCCAGACAGUUGCGGGUUUCACAUGGGUGUGUCAGCAAAAUACUGGCCCGCUACAAUGAGACAGGAUCUAUCCUUCCGGGCGCCAUUGGUGGCAGCAAACCGAGAGUGACGACGCCAAACGUGGUGAAACAUAUCAAAAUAUACAAAGAAAGAGACCCAGGUAUAUUCGCCUGGGAAAUUAGGGACAAGCUGCUGGCAGACGGAGUAUGUGACAAAUAUAAUGUGCCUUCAGUCAGCUCAAUAAGUCGAAUACUCAGGAAUAAAAUCGGCAGCAGCUCCUCGCCCACAAGUCAAAGUCCAACUCUGGAUAAGACACUGAUUGCUCCCCCGCCCGGACCUCUAUAUAACUCUCAGUUCCAGGUGUACCCAUACUCCUGUCCGCCGCCGACAAUGUCAUCAUGUCCGCCGUCCGUCUCCAUGCAGUCUAUGCCGUCGAUGCCGACGAACUUCCAUCAGCAGCUUAGCCACCCGCAGAUGAACAUGAACAAUAAGCCCCAGAUGUCCAGCUGCGUAACACCGUGCAUGAUGCGUGCAUGGGCCUCGUCACAUUCCGUCAAUGACAUUUUGGCUUUCCGAGCCCCUGGCCAGCCAAUGACUCAGUCCCCACCGAUGACAAUGCAAUGUGAUGCGAUGAACAACCAUCACCAACUCGGACAAAAUUAUAACACUGUGAACUAUUACGGCAUGAAACAGUCUGUACAGCCAAUGUAUCUUCAAAGUUGAGACUCAUAAGUGCAAUAAGCUUUGUGGUUUGCUAGUUAAACAAAUGCCAUUAUAUAAGAAAGUGUGUGAGUAUUUCUGAUUGUGCGUUAGUUACUGAUACUAACAAACGAAGUAAAGACAAAGUGUAGUAUCGCAACAUUUACAUGCAGGGUGUCAGCCAAAUAGAACAUAGAUGAUGAGAUAAAUGACAAAGGUUAAUUUCAUGGUCACAUCAUGCAUUUGUGUUUAGUGUAUGGUUUUAUCAUAUUUAUUCAAAAUUUACAAUCCCUGUGGAAAAGAGGCCUUUAAUGGUACAAUCAUUGUGCAGUGUUCUUGUCAUCUUUUCUUCGAUAUGCCUAAAUUCCUGAUACUAAUAUAUCGUUUUCGAGCGACGGCUGCCAGUAUAGAAUGUUCAAUUUAAUGGCAUACAGGAACCCUCUUCAUGUUUGACAUUAGUGUGCUUUAUUAAUAAAAUUCGCAUAAAACUUCCGAUCCUGGUACAGCCGCGUUGCAGUUUGAACGCUCGUAAGUGUUUGGUAAACCGUCAGUGUUAUUACACACACUGUUGUAUGCAACACAUGAUCAUGAUAGCCGGAAUUUAUACCCUCUUUUUAGACUUCAAACAAGCUACAGAAACAUUAUAUCAUGAGGGAAUAAUCCAUGAAUUCUGGUUUAGCCAUGAUGCAAAUUCCAAAGGUUGCACCGGCAGUUUACAAAUAACGCAAAUUACGAAAUACCAUUUUUCUUUAAGCAUUUUUAUGUCGUACCCUCUGCCAAACACAAUGUCAGAAAUAUCAUUGACAUUUGCGCCCGUAAUGCAAUUAGUUGAGAUAUUUUUAAUCAGGUACGUCUGUGUGCAUAAUGCUUUUGUAUUUUUGUUUGCACCGUAUCUUUAUAUACUUUAUAUCUACUCUAACAAGAAAGCAAAUAUACAACAGUGAUAGAAAACAACAAAAGAAAAUAUUGUAGCGAAGCAUUGAUUAACCAUUUUAUUGAGUCAAGAUAUUAAGUUUGGGCAAUCUGUUAUGUUUGUUAUAUAUUUGUUUCUCAUAGUACCUAAACUUUUCACUGUAUUUUUCGUUUGCUUGACAACCCAAU